UGCACGUAAAGCCAACGCGUCUUUCGAAUUUUUGAAGGCCUAGUUUUCUAUGUAUACAUGCUUCCUGUGUAUAUACACGAAUAUCCCUCUCUAACGUGCUCUGAACCAUCUGAACCGUCUAAACUCUCAACAACACAUGAUACAUUCCCACCUGUUGUGUUGUUCCGGUUAUUCCUUUCAUUCUCUCAUUCUUUGUUGCGCGAUUCUAAGAUGUCAUUAAAAAUAAUCUUAUCCAACAAAAAAGUUCCAAGUCAAUAACAAUAGCAAUAUCUACGAAACGGUAGUUUUUCUCGGAAUUCCGGUAUUAUAUACCGGCAAAAUCGAAUCAUCGCUUUAUUGUUAUGGUGUUGCAAUCCGCAUUUUUGCGUGGGGUAUGAGGUUAUGUUUGUAGCAACAUCACGCGGCGAACUACACCGGAAAAAAGUGACAAUAAAGCAAAAAUAAAUGCAAUCAAUAAAAACAAAAAAUGGAUUUGAGCGACACAAGUGGAGAUUUAGUACUCGAAAACAUUAAUUCUGGAGAAAAAUUUCUUCUCGACCAGAAUGUGAAAGUGUACCGGUGCGGCAGAAGAAGAGAUAACGACAUAGUUACAAAUAGUGUUCUGGCAUCAAGAGAACAUUGUAUAUUCGUGCGUGUUGGUCCACAACUCAAUGUAAUUGACAAAGACAGCUCUAAUGGUAUUUAUGUCAACGGGACUAUUCAACCGCUGAAACUUGUUCCUCUCCAUAUAAAUGACAUUAUUGGCCUUGGCACACUUAAUACAGUUCCUGACUCUCCUAGAACAAAAUUAUCUCCAACGAUAUUCGUGCUCAAACGAUUCGAGCCAGAGCCACCGCCUUCUUCGCCUCCUUCUCCUCCUCCUCAACUAGAGGUUCCUGAUCCUAGUUUGAUCACUGAACAUCAUGAAGAGGAGAAAUCGAAUACUACAACAGAAAAUAAAAGAAGGCUAUCAAAGGACUCGAUCGAACCAAAUGUGCCAUGCAAAAUCGCAAAAAUCGAUGAAGAUAAAUCAUUUCCUGUUGGUAGAGAAAAUACUGAUAAAGGCGCAAGUCCAUCAAAUCCAUCGGCAUCACCAUUGCUGGAUAUCAUUGAUAUAACAGACCUAAACAGUUCAGACGACGAAUUGCCCAUCGCAAACAAACCUGACGGAGCUGUGGCGUUCAAACAACCAGCAACUGUGGUUAGGAAUUCCUCAAAAAAUAGUGUGACCGAGAACAUGGUCACAUCAAGUUCAGAUGACUUGUCACAACCAUUGAUCAUGGACACUGAUCAACCGAACAAUAGCGAAGAUGAUUCGUCCACAGAAAAUCAACCAUCAAUAAAAAAAGAGGAGAAUCUAUCUCAUCUUUUGAUCAAUAAAAACGCCAUUCCUUCAAAUUUGACUAUAGAACAGGAUAACAAAGUAAAUUCUUCGAUUACAAUAGAGGCAACAACAUCAAAAAAAGAUAACACACGUCCGUCCGCUAAAGAAAAACGGGAAAUUUCAAACGAUCCUUCGAUCUUCAAAGAGAAUGAAAAGAAAAACUCUGAAUUUCUUGUUGUGCCAUUUGAUUGCGAUAAAUUUGCUUCGUACGAGGAAAUGGCCGACAAAAACGGGAGAGAGUUCAAAGGGGAUGGAAUUUCUGAGACGACCUUAGUUCAGACAAACAACAACGGUGUGGAUCAGUUGAUAAAAUACGAGCCAGAUAUUACUAUAGUAGACGAUGAUGAAUCGGUUUACACAAGUUUGAAACAUUCGCCCAUCGUGCCUGUUCGGACACCUUUAAAAUUGAAACACGUCAAGGAAGAAAAACGAACAACGUAUUCAGAAAUCGAUGUCGUAAUUCUGAGCGACGAUGAGGAGGACGGUGAUAUCUUCCCAGCUUCCCAGCUAUUCGGGGAUCCAGUCGAGGAUGGAGUCAAAGAAAAGUCCUUCAUAAACUCUGAAGAAGAGAUUGAGGAUGAUAUGUUUGCAGACGAUCGUGCCGAGGAUCCCGACACCAUUUUCAUCGACAGUGAUAUCGAGGAUGAUCUCCUGUACAAUCGCGUUAUGCAAAGUUCUCUUAACAAGAGUCGCGAUUUUUACAUGAAAGAAGAAUUAUUUGAAGAAGAAAAUGAAGGCUUCAACGACGUAAACAAUACCCGGAAAGAAAUUUACGACAUAUGUUUCAACCAUAAUCAAGACGAAAGUGAUGAAUCAAGCAUUGAGGAAAGAUUACCAGCGAAAAAAAAAAGAUCGAACAGUAUGGAAAUUUUGGAAUCCACGAGAUUGGAGCUUCACAAACAAUUGAAAGACCUCGAAAAAUCCGAAACAUCGCUACAAAAAUUGAAUUUGAGAGAGGAAGUCGCAGAAGAAGUCUCUAAAAAACAAAAAAGUUUGGGCGACCAAGUAAAAAUCAGUAAAAUUUCAAACGAGAGUGCAGAGAUGAAAAUUUCUCGCGAUGAUCAAAAGAAGAACCAAGAAAAGGAUAAUGAGGAUCGUGAAUUGACCAAGAAAAAAAAAACCGAUGAACAGUAUCGUUCCAAGGAUAAAAAUAAAGUUAACGAAACUGUAGCGAACAAAGAAUCCGGUAAAAAGACAAAGACCAAAAAAUCAACGUUCGUUGAUGACAAAUCAACAAGAAUUUCUGAUACUGUUGGUCAAAAUCUUGUUGCGGAGGGCGAUAAAUCAGCUGGCGCAAUUGACGAAAAGCCACGCAAGAUUAGCCGAGAGGAUUCUCCUUCCGAAAUUGCAGGUAACUCCGAAUCUCGAUCUAUGAAAAAUUUACAGUCUCGUUCGAAGGAAAAAUCUCGAUCGAUGGACGAGCCCGAAACGACAAAUAAACCGCGUAAAAUUUCGACCGACCGUUCACCGAUUUCGAAGAGGGAUUCUCUAUCUCCAACGAUGGAAUAUCCCUCUGCUGCUUCAUCGAAAAAUGAUCGAACGAGGAGAAGCGUGCCACUCGUUGAUGCGCCGUUUCUCGCUAAGGGUGAACGACGAGGCGUUAGUAGUAGAAUAAAAAGACUGGGAAGCUCGUUCGAACAAGAAGAAGCUACAACGAGCGGUGUUUGUCAAAGUUCAGAUAUCAACGAUCACGUCCUUUCAACGUCGAGGGAAGAACCUGUUGUGCCUGCUGAAAAACAAGCCUCCAACGGAUUCAGCCCCAAGUUGACGACAAGACAAAAGAGGGAACUGGCGAUAAAAGAGAAACAGGAGAAAUAUUUAAAAAUGAAGGAACAAAAGGUCCGCCGCCAGAAAAACAAAUGGGCGGAGUGUCUUCCACCGCGUGCACAUCAAGGAUCUACCCUAACGCGACAGGAACGAGAAGACCUAAAAAACGAUCGUAAAGAGAAAUUGAAAAAAAUUGCUGAAGAGAAGAAAAAAGCAAUGGAAAACAAUGAGAAUUCGGAAACGAGACGGUUCGUUAAGAAAGGAAUAGCUAAAGUUACGGAAAAAACAAGAGGAGAUUUUUUGGUCAACGAUGUUCAGGAUCAAGUUGCCAAACAAUCCGCAGACUUGGAGCGUACUUCUUUCAAUACAAUCGAAUCAUCGGAACCACUUGAUAAUAAGCAUUGUGAUAAGUCAGCUGACUCGAUUAAGGAAAAUCUUACGAAGCGCAGUGACAUGUCAAAACUGAAUGGGGCCAAAUCAUCGGAAGACGAAAAAUGCAAGGACAAGUCCUCCGAUGUGAUGUAUAAUAAUGAGACUAACGGUGAGACUUCGAUGAAGGGCGAUCAAUCGUCAAAGGUGAUGGUGGAGAGCCGUAAUCCUGUUAACGAACCAACAGGCCAUGAUUCUCAUCUGCGUAAGACGAUAGAAAAAAUAGCAUCGAAAUCAACGUCAAAGCGUUCCGAAGCCAUCGCUCCUAUCGAAGCCAAAGCUCUGAGCGAAACUGAAUUAUUGUCUAAUAAAUUUUUGGCUAGCGUAAACUUGAAGCCAUCGAAAAAAACGAAAGACCCAAGAGACAAAUCAGUAACAUCAGGGAAAAAGCGCUCCACCAGUGCAACGACAAAAUCACGGAAUGAGAAACGCGUACGGUUCAAUGAUCUAAUGACCGAGAUACGAACAUUCGAAAUUGAACCUGGCAACACUCUCAACAAAUGUCCCUCGACCGAUGCACCCAUACUGGAGAGAAGAGUGAGAAAAAGAACUUUGGAUCGAGGAGCUUGUCCAAAAUUGGAGCAAUUUUUAUUGCGGAUAUUCAGCUGGAAUCCUUCCUGGUUGCAGGAGCAAAAACAUUUCAAUAUCCCUCCGCCAAUCGUCGACGAACAUACUCUUUUACCAAUAAUCUCCAAGUUCACAUCUUACGGAGAUUAUUAUAAAAUUACUGAACCCUUAUUGGCCUUGGAACUCUGGUCCCAAAUCUCGAAAGAUCAGGAUACCAGAGAAAGUAAAAAUCUCGUGAGACCACAAAUCAUGUGUUCGGUAGUGAACAAUUCCAUCAGCUUAACGACGGUACAUUCGACGAAGUUUCGUGUUACAAAAAUGAUGCUUGAGGUCGUAAUUUCUCGACGAGAUUUAAGUUUGGAAAAUCAUCCGAAUUACGGUGACCUUAUAUGCUUCCAAUACUGUGUUAUGAGUGAAACGAAAAAAAAGUUUUUCAACGUAUUCGCAUAUGUAGAGAGCAUGAGUACGGCUGUGAUAACGUCAGGAACUCAUUAUAAUCGAGAUUUGUUGCAUUACGUAAAAGAACCUUAUGCUGUCCUGACAUAUUCGGUGGUAACGAAACCAAUCGAUCCUAAGCAUAUACAGAUGAACAGAGUUUACAGACUCAAUAAAGUUUCAUACCUUCGAUCGAAUAUGCGAAUGAUUCAAGCGCUCCAGUAUUUACCUGUUUCGCCUCUUAUCAAACACAUUCUCCAUCCUGAUUUCGAGGAUUUCAAAUUGCCCGAGAUGCCUGUUUCCAGACCCAAAAAUUUAAUCACGAAGGAUAAUCUAAACGCGAGACAAUUGGAAGCUGUUGUUCGUGUGACGGAUGCAGUAGUUCGUAAAUUGCCAAAAAUAUGCCUAAUCCAAGGCCCGCCGGGUACCGGAAAAUCCAAAGUUAUUGUGAAUCUCGUGACUGAAAUAUUGUACGGUGAAGGACGAUACAGUAAUAAUAAAAAAAUGAGAAUAUUGGUCUGUGCCCCUUCGAACGCGGCCAUCGAUGAAAUCGCCCUGAGGUUGCUUGACGUUCGGAAAACAAUUCCAGGACCAGAGAAUCGCUUCAAAAUGGUUCGAAUCGGAAAACUUGAAAGAAUGCAUCCAACAGUUAAAAGUAUUUCGCUUCAAGCACUGGCGAAAAAAGAUGUGAAAAUGUCCACAGAAAAUUAUCUAUCGCCCGCCUUCACAAUCGAUAGUGUCAACGAAGAAAAACGUCUACUCACCGCUAAAAUUAAUGCUAAAGAGCAAGAGCUUUUGUCAGCCCAGAAGCGGAACGCUCCUAACGUCAGCUAUUUAUCAAAAACACUCGCCGAGUGUCGAUCGAGGCUCGAUUUGUUAAAUAAUCGACGACCGUUCGAAAGAAUAGAUCCAAAAGAACUUGCGAAACUGGAAAAAGGCGCAGAAACGACUUAUUUGAUGAACGCAGACGUGAUCACGUGUACUUUGAAGUCUUGUUACACGAACAUGAUGGAAUCGAGUUUUGGUGAUAGCGGCCAGGAAAUAUCCGUUUGUAUAGUGGACGAAGCGACUCAAUGUGCGGAAGCCGAAACCCUUAUACCUUUGAUGCUGGGAGUCAGAACUCUCGUGCUUGUUGGAGACACGAAUCAACUACCUGCGACCAUAAUAUCUCGAAAAGCCAAACAGCUCGGUUUAGAUCAAUCGCUGUUCGCUCGAAUACAGAGUUGUUUUCCAAAGAAAGACAAGAGUCCAGUGAUCCAUCUGAAUACACAAUACCGAAUGUCAUGGCCGGUGGCUUUUUGGCCGAACAAGUUUUUUUACGAUGGACUUUUGCACAAUUCGGCAAAUCUCGAGAGUUUACCUUUCCACUUUUACAAAGUAUUGAAUCUUGAUGCUAUCCAAAACGAGGAAGUGUUUUCUAAUACCCAGGAAGCAACUUUUAUUGCUAAGGUGCUUUACACGUUGAUGGCUCGUUCUCGAUUGGAUCAUACCAAACGACCAGUCAGGGUUGGAAUUAUUACUCCUUAUAACAAACAAAAAACAAUGAUACCGACGGAAAUUGAAAAAUGUAUCAAACCACUGCCAGAAUCGACCAAAUCGAAACUGGUUUACGAUGUAAAUACGGUCGAUGGGUUCCAAGGACAAGAACGUGACGUUAUUGUCAUGUCUUGCGUUAGAAGCAGUGGAAUCGGAUUUUUGUCUGAUCGACAAAGAUUGUGCGUUGCUUUAACGAGGGCCAAGCACAGCCUCAUACUCUGUGGAAACUUCAAGACUUUCGAGAAAGAUUCCAUGUGGAAUGCUCUUUUGUCGGACGCGAAAUCGCGUGGAUGCUAUACGAAGAUCAAGGCGACUGCUUCGCCCGACGAAAUCAAACCACAUAUCUGUCGAUAGAAUAGGAAAACAAGCUCAAAGUAUGGAGAACAGUAUUAAAAGUGAGCAAUAUCAUCGACAAAUGUGUAAGAUAAGAAAAAACGAAAACAGUGCCAUGCGACGGACAUUAAUUACAAAAUGGUCUGACGCCCCACAAAUAUUGCGGGAUGUAAAUAAUAAUAAAUUACUUUCGAAGGGAAAACUUUUCCAGUGUGUAAACGAUGGAAAAAACGGAAAAGAAAAAUAUUCGAAAAAUAACUUCGAGAAAAUGCCAAAUAACGUUAUUGCAGCGCGCAAGUUAUUCUAUACGAAAAAAUCGAAAAGCCAAGGUUUUUUUUUAAGUUUUUGCUGAUUCAAGCCGAAUUAACGUUUUGGGCCUGAUUGAGGUGGCCUAGAUCAAAAUCUACGUACUCAUAACUCAGUUUUUUCGUUCCGCGAACUUAUUUUUUAUGAAUUUUUAUUUCGACUCUUUCCAGCUAAUAGUUAGCUCAUCGACUACGGUCGUGCGAGAAAUUCUCGAUAUUCCUCACCACAAACAAAUUUGUAUUGUUCAAUAAACUUAUCGCUUUUCCGUU